AUGGCGAUGUCCGAUCUUACACAGGAUUUGGUAGAGGAUGUGAUCUUGAGAGUCCCGUUGACAUCUCGUAAGGCAGUGCAGUCUACUUGCAAAAACUGGAACACUUUAUCCAAAAGAUUGAGCUUUAAAAAGAUACAUGAUGUUGUUAAAGCAAAGGAAGCAGCAAAGCGUGAGUCUCUGGCGAUCAUGAUCAAGGAUUUUAAGGUUUAUCUAAUGAGCCUUGAUCUCCGUGGAAUUCACAAUGACGACGACGUUGAUUCAUCUAUAAAGCGAGAAGCUAAACUGAUUAGCCUUAACGAUGUAGAUGGAGUCGAUAUAUCUAGAGUCUUCCACUGUAGCGGUUUGUUGUUAUGCAUCACCAAAAAAUGUAAUCCGAGGCUUGUGGUUUGGAACCCUUGUUGUGGACAUGCAAGGUGGAUUGAACCUAGAAACUCUGACCACAAAAAGGACAACUAUGCUCUCGGAUACGAGGUUGUAAAGAACAAAUCGCAUCGAAUUCACAAGAUUUUGAGAUAUUUGGAUGUUCACGACAUGAGUCAUGAAAAGAAUCUAUUUGGUAAGUUUCAAAUCUACAAUCUUGACUCUAACUCAUGGGAGGUUGUUCAGGACACACUUCGCUGGAAUCUAUCUUUUCAUCAACGUGGCGUGUCUCUCAAGGGGAAUACUUACUGGUUUGUUCAAAGUAAAAAUAUGGGAGAGUUUUGUUUUUUACUUUGUUUUGAUUUUACAACGGAGAGAUUUGGAUCGCCUCUGGGUAUGCCUGUUUACCCUGUUGCUGAAGAUACCGUGAGUCUAGCUAGUGUCAGAGAUGAGCAACUUGCAGUGUUAUUUCAACGGCGUGGUUCAUUACAUAUGGAGAUAUGGAUUACGGACGAGAUUGAGCCUAGCAAAGUGUACUGGUGGAGUAAAUUGUUCUUAACGGUGAAUAUUAAUCCACUUACUUGUUACCAAUACCCAUUUGAACAUGGAAGUUUCUUUGUUGACGAGGAGAAGAGAGUCGCGGUGGUUUUUGGUAGAGACAUGGAUGAUCCUGACGACCACUUCCGCUACGCAGCUUAUAUCACUGGAAAGGAUGGAUACUUGAAAAAGGUAGAUCUUGGAGAAUCUACAUUUGAAUCUGGUCCCCUAGUUAUGUGCUCUACUUAUGUUCCAAGCUCAGUCCAAAUCAAGUAA